AUGCAAUUUGUAAGAAUUUAUUAUGGACCCUGUGAUUCGUUUUACACAGUAUCGCAUAAACCUCAAAAACUAAGAGGUCUGAGAGAUCAUCUCCAAACACUCGGCUUCCGCGUGGAUCUGAUACCAGUUGAUUAUGUCAACUAUUGCGUGCUGGAGAUGUGUGGACAUGAGGUAUUCCGCUGUAACAUAAAGAAUCUUGCUAUCAAUACACACUUUGAGCGAGACCCAGUCUGCCGUAGAGCGAUUAACGCAGUUGUGGAAUCCUCUGAAAAGUUCCUCAGAGCGCGAAGCCACCGAUGGUUCUGGGCGCUGAUAGAAGACCAAAUAUUCCGAAGAAGCGAGUUCGCGCCCAAAGACCACUGGCCCUUUGGACUUGACGACAACUUGAAUGUAACCAAACAGUUGUUUAAAUAA